AUGGUUCGUGAAGCAGAUUUAUUAUUCCUGCGUAGUCUUUUCAGAGCUGGCGACUUGGGUUCAGUAGUUGUACAAUCACCUCGAGAAAAAAUUGCUAUCGAACUUUUCACAGAAGCGACAUUACAAGUAUUGAUCAAUUCACUUUUAUUCAGUUUUCCCGAUACAAUUUCGGAGUGCACCACCACCAACAAUAGCAACAAUUCGGUCUUAUCAUCCAAUCAAUCUGCCCUUGUAUUAACAGCAAACGCUAGAUGCUCACUUAUAGAAAUUUUAUCCGUAUUAUCUACAAGCUGUGAACUAGCUGAACGUCUUCAUCGAUGCGGUGCAUUGAAUUUGUGCCAUCAAAUCAUUAUGUUCAUUUCAUGUAGGCAUCGCCUCUGGUCGGGUGAUCAACCCAAAUCAAACUCAAUCGAUCGAGGAAAAACUCUGUGCAAUCGUGUUGGUUGUAAUCGUACUAUUAGUCCAAGUAAUCAACUGGCUGCUAGAUUUUCACUGAAAUUGAUGUUACAUCUAUUUUUCCAUUUACCAAAUGCAUUAGAUUCAUUUAAAAAAAUUUACAAUGAAGAAGAACCGAUUAAAUUAGUUGCCUGUUAUAGUCAUUUAACAGGAACUAUGCCUCCAGUAUUACCUAAUGUUUGCUAUUCAACACCGCGUUAUCAACGUACCAAGCGAGUUCUUAGUGGUAAUAUCCCAUCAACUUAUUCUACUACUAAUACUCCUAUCAACCAUGAUACUUCAUCAGGUACAUCUACUGUCAUUCUUACAUCUCCCAAUGAAUCUAAUCUUGAAGAUGCAUCUCGAAAAUUUCAUCAGAACUCUGUUGAUUCAACUGCAUCGACUGACAGACAAUCAGGAUCAUCAUGUCCUGUUGAUAGUCGUAUAACUAUUUCAACGUGUUCUUGUGUACCAUUAGACCAUGGGACGUUUGCUCUCACUGGUCUACUUCGUGGUUUAAUUUAUUGGCGUUUAGCUAAUCAGUAUGCUAAUUCACAGACAGUUGAGGCGAUAGAUCAAUUCGGAACUCAUGUAAUCACUUCUGCUGGUCUAGGAAUUACUGGGGAUGAUAUUGCUUUAUUAAUCAUUCAGCCACUUACAGAAAGUUGUCUUCAUUUAGAAGCAACACGUAUAAUGACAUGGGUAUGUCAUGUUCUAGUUCUUGUUUUGGAUAAAAGUCCAGAAUUGCAUAUGUGGACUGUAUAUACUAAUUCGUUUGUACGUGAAGUAGACUAUCGUGUUACAUCUUUAUUAAAAGCUGUUCAAGAAGCAUCUGAUACUCAAAGUCAUACACAGUUUUUGGAGCAUUUAAUUCCAUUGGUUAAAUUAUUUUCUUGUCUGGCAUCUGGGCAUGAAUCCACUCGAAUACUUGUUGGUGAACUAACGAUGUGCAAAAAACUUAUAGACUUUGCGAUGCGUUUAAAGUCAUUAGGUAGUGAAAAUGCGAAUCUCGUAUUGCAAUUUCAGCAUUCUAUUGUUGUCCUAUUACAUGUACUAUCUCGAUCAUUCAGUUUACAUCAUACACUUUUUAAAAAUCAAACAAUUGGACGAUAUUUACUAAAAAUAAUUGAUGAUAAUCUGCCGAAUACAAUUAAAGGUUCUUAUCUAAGUGCGAAACUAGUCGAAGCAGCUUCAUCCACCUUAAUCAACCAAGUACUUCCAAUGUGUCCGUUGAAAGAAACUUUAAUUGAUGAUUUUAUCAGUGUUUUCAUCCGUUUGCUGACAAUUGGAAAUGUACAGUCAUCAUCUUCGCUGUUAAUAACUAAAGUUGAAUCAAACAGUCAAUCAAUCAAUACAUACGAUGCUGAUAGUUUUAAUAAUAAUAUUAAUGACAGUAGUAAUAAUCCUAGUACAGAUGAUAACUCAUCUCGUCCUUCAAUAACAAAAUCUAACUUAAAUAGUCCAGCAACAACAAUGACAAAUCAUCAGUUUCAUGAUAUUAUACCAGUAUUACAUUUGAAUGGAAUAUGGGGAUUAAGUAAUUUAUUGCAUACCGCUAAUUCAAGUGUUUGUAUAAAUCUCUUUCAUGAAUUAGUUAAUAAAGGUGUAUGGUUAGAAUUAUUACAGUUGGCUUCAUCGAUACCAAAUAAUGAAUUUAAUUUUUCGUUUCCCAUGAAAAAUGAAUGGGAUGAUAAUAUGAAAAUAACUAAUUUCAAUAUGAAUUCAGGAAAUAGAGUUCCUAUAAUACCAGGAAUUAUGGUAUCACAUCAAAGUACUGAAAUUAAAUAUAUUGGUGAAUUUAAUCAAAGCAAUGAAAAAAUCAAUGAUGAUCAUUCGAAACAGAAAUACCAGACAAAUUUAAAUUUAUUAAAUCGUUCCAAUACUACUCAUCAUUAUAAUCAGCAUCAAUUAUUUUUGUCGAAUAAUACACAAUCUAAAUUUAAGUUUUCUAAAAGUAGUGCACAAAUUCAUAUUUUAAUUGUUUAUCAAACAUUGAGCUUUUUACGUAAUCUACUUCGUGAUGAACAAUUCAUAGAUACUGUAGUGAGUGAGCAUUGGUGGAAUAUCACUCAAUUUAUAAUUGCUGUGUUGGAGUCGAACUAUCCUCAACCCGUCAAAGAACAGGCUGUACUUGUGAUUGCACAUAUUGCCACUGGUCGAACUGCACGAUGCGAAGUUCAUCGAAAUGGAGAUUUAGUUGAAAAACUCACAUUAUUUAUGCGUUCACAAAAUAGUUACACAAAAGCUGCUGCAUUGACUGCAACUUAUAAUCUUUUAGGCUUACAAACUGAAUGUCUCGAUUCUUGCGGAUUACUGAGCGCAUUUAAGGUGAAACAUAAACCAUAUAUUUUAUCGCAUAGUAGACGUUUAAGAGUUCAACAUCAUCGUCAUGAAACUCAUCAUCAUCACCAUCAUCAUGGAAAAAAACAAGACCUAGGCAAUCAAUCAACAUCUUUAGUAUCUUGUAGUAUAAAUCGUCGUGAAACAUCAACAUGUAUGGCUCAAAAUGCUUUAGAAGAAGAAGUUGAGGAAGAAGAACAACAACAGCAAGAAAAUGAAAAUCAAGACAUAAUUGUAGAAGCCAGUGAUGAUUUUAUCAGUGAAAAUAUAUCAUCUGAACAAACUUCUAUUAUACCUCAAACUUCUGAUACUGCUAUAUCUUUCAAUAUUGAUGACAAUGAUGAUAAUGACAACACUGAUCAAUCUAGAUUACGUACACUUCGAAGACGAAGAUAUUAUCGAUCAUGGCAAGCAACUUCACCUUCUAUGUCAGAUAAUCACGAACUAUUAGAAAUAAAUGAGCAAGAAAGGCAACUUAAUGAACCAUCCACUGAAAUUACUCGAUCACCAUCUUCACAUUCAAGAUCAUCGUCAUCAUCAUCAUCGUCAUCUGGUACCUCUUCGACCUCAUCAUGUGUAGGUGAAACCAGUGUUGGUACUGAAUUGACAAAUUUACAUCAAUCUGUUAUAGUUGAUAUGUGUAGUAUGUCAUCGCCUAGUUGUACUGAUGAAGAUGUGGAAGAUAUAAAUCAACACGCUGUUACACUAAGUUCUCUAUCGCCUACAUUAACAAUAAGUGAUCGAGCUCCAUUAGCUGACGAAGAUCGUGGUACUACAGCGGAAAUGCAACAUUCAGGUAUGACAGAUUCAGAUUUGCUUAGUCCAUUAUCUUCAUCUAGUCAAAAAUGUGAAAUAGGUUCAAAUCCAGAUGAUGUUUCAAGUACAGAAUUUCUUGAUCUGAAUAGUUCAGAACAAAUCAACAACAAUACAACACAGAAUAUUUUUAAUAAUAAUACGGACAAUAGCAAUAAUAAAAACGAUGAUAAUAAUACUAAUAAUGGAAAUAUCCCAUCUACUUCUCAUCACCUUUCUCACUCUACCAUUUCAACGUCAAAUUCUCGUCGAGAUUGGGAAACCGGAUUUUGUCAAAUUUUAUUACCUUUCUUACAAGAAUUAGAUUCAGAUCAGAUAUUACGUAGUACAUGGGAUUGGUUAAUGUUAUGCGCUAAUAAAGAUGGUAAACCCGUAUUUUUGAAUAGUUUAUUUCAUGCAUGGCAACGAUUAUAUACAAAUAUACCAAAUUUAACUACAAUACAAACGCUACAACCUGAAAUAGCUCAGUCUUCAUCUGUCAGUAAUGAUAAUAGCAAUAAUAUUACUGUAAGUGAAUUUCUAAGUAAAAUUAAAGAAUCAAUGGAAACAGGCACGUCACCUAACUCAUUAUUAAUUAAUUUGCCACGAUAUUGGGAAAAUCGAAAUCGUCACCGAUGUCGACGUCAACACCGCCACCACUGUCACCAUCGUCACCGUCAUCGUGUACGUCGACAAAAUCAACAACAAUCUACUACUACCACAGAUCGACCGGACUCAAUUAAUACAGUCGACACAAGUUCACCAGUGCCUCCAUCAACAUCAAAUGAAAACCUUGAACAAACAGGUUAA